CCGUCACCUUCGCCGCCGCCGUCGGAAGGCCCAGGCGAAGUCCCUGCUCGCGGCCCGCCUGCAGCAGCCUCGCGGGCCCGAGACUAUGCCAGUGCCCGCCUCGCGUCCGCCUCGCCACACUUGCCGCUGCCAUGAAGGAGAAGUCCAAGAACGCCGCCAAGACGCGCCGCGAGAAGGAGAACGGCGAGUUCUACGAGCUGGCCAAGCUGCUGCCUCUGCCGUCGGCGAUCACGUCGCAGCUCGACAAGGCGUCCAUCAUCCGCCUCACCACCAGCUACCUCAAGAUGAGAGCCGUCUUCCCCGAAGGUCUGGGAGACGCCUGGGGCCAGCCGAGCAGAUUAGGCCCCUUGGAUAAUGUCGCGAAGGAGCUGGGCUCGCAUUUGCUUCAGACUCUGGAUGGGUUUGUUUUUGUGGUAGCAUCUGAUGGCAAAAUAAUGUAUAUCUCAGAAACGGCUUCUGUUCAUCUAGGUUUAUCACAGGUGGAGCUCACCGGUAAUAGCAUUUAUGAGUAUAUACAUCCAUCAGACCAUGAUGAAAUGACAGCGGUUCUAACAGCUCACCAGCCUCUUCAUCCUCAUCUCUUACAAGAGUAUGAAAUAGAGAGAUCUUUUUUUCUGCGAAUGAAGUGUGUUUUGGCCAAACGGAAUGCAGGACUAACAUGUAGUGGUUACAAGGUGAUCCACUGCAGUGGCUAUUUGAAGAUACGUCAGUACAUGUUGGAUAUGUCUUUGUAUGAUACCUGUUACCAAAUUGUGGGGCUGGUUGCUGUAGGUCAAUCAUUACCUCCGAGUGCAAUCACUGAGAUCAAACUCCAUAGUAACAUGUUUAUGUUCAGAGCAAGCCUAGAUCUAAAACUGAUAUUUCUAGAUUCAAGAGUGACUGAAUUAACUGGGUAUGAGCCACAGGAUCUGAUAGAGAAAACUCUCUACCACCAUGUGCAUGGAUGUGAUGUAUUUCAUUUACGAUAUGCUCACCAUCUCUUGUUGGUGAAAGGACAAGUCACAACCAAGUACUAUCGGUUGCUGUCAAAGAACAGUGGCUGGGUUUGGGUCCAGAGCUAUGCCACCAUUGUACACAACAGCCGCUCAUCACGACCUCACUGCAUAGUGAGUGUUAAUUAUGUCCUAACAGAUAUAGAAUAUAAGGAACUUCCAUUAUCACUGGACCAGGUCACAAUUUCUAAAUCACAGUUUUCAUGCAGAAAUUCAGCGUCUACCUCACAAGAAACAAGAAAAGCAACAAAACCUAGAAGUAAUAAAAUGAAGACAAAACUCAGAACAACGCCGUAUCCACAACAGCAAUACAGCUCCUUCCAGACAGACAAACUGGAAUGUGGCCAGGUUGGAAGCUGGAGAUCUAACUCCACAGCAAAUUCUGCCACCAUCCAAGAACAAGCCUUCCAUUCAGAAAACAGCGAACUUUUAUACACCCCAUCGUACAGCUUACCAUUCUCUUACCAUUAUGGACACUUCCCUGUAGACCCUCAUGUAUUCAGUAGCAAAAAACAAAUGCUGCCUUCUAAAUUUGGGCAAUCUCAAGGAACACCUUGCGAAGUAGCUCGAUUUUUCUUAAGUACUUUGCAGACAAGUGGAGAGUGCCAGUGGCACUAUGCCAAUUCUCUUGUUCCGGGAGGCAGUCAGUCACCAUCGAAAAGUCCUUCUGAUCAGUCAGCAAGCAGUGUACGCCAUAAUCUCUUACAGAGUUAUGAAGUGCCACUACCAAACAGAAGAUACAGCCAAGACAGUACAUCUGACAGUUUUGCAAGCUGUGCCACCCUAGCAGCAAACAGCAGAUACAAAGAAGAGAGCUAUGAUUCCACCAUUAUAAAGCACAGCAACAAAAUGGAAAGCCGAAUAUAUCCAGCACAUCAUCAUCUCAUUAAAGAAGAAAAUAAGCUAGUUUUCAAUAGAGGUGUACAAGAAAAAAACAACUUGAGUGAAAAGCCUUUUUCAAACUCCUUAGCCAAUUCCUUUUUGUCAAAAUCUGAAUGUUUCCAAACUAAAUCUAUUGGACAAUUAAAUCACCUUCUCCCAGUUCCAACAGUAUAUGAACAAACUAGAAGAAUUUGUAUGAAAGAACCAAAAUUUGAGCACAUUGCCCAUCAUGCUGCAAAUCUAGGUGAGCUGGAACCUGAUGACAGAAUGACAGGAAAGUUUGAUCAUGACUCUGAAAAUGAUCACACUGUGGAUGUUAGGCAUGCAGGGCAAGUUCCAUUUGUACUUCUCAACUAUCACCGGGUUUUAGCCAAACAUGGCACAUUUCAAACUUCUUCGUGUAAUGCCACAGGACAUGUAGCAGAGAAUUAUGGACACAGUUCUGAGGAAGUAAAUAUGUUUUACAAAAACCAAAGUCCUUCAUCAGCCUCCUCCCCUGAGGCUCACAAGGAGCCUGCACUUCCCCAUUAUAUUGGAACGUCUGUAAUAAUAGCCAAUGGAAGGUGACAGUAAUAGAAAGCUGUGGUUUAUAAAAUAAAUAAAUAAACUGGAAUAGUUCCCCUAAAGCAUGAGGAUACAUGGUUGCACUUAGUGAGCAUGGUUUAAAAUCAGUGGGACAAACUUGCAUGCAUUCUUGGCAAGCCAUGUGUAACAGUACCUUUAAGGUCAAGAAAAAAAAUUAGCUUCAGUGCUUUGUUGUUCCAGAUUAAUCUCUGCAGUUGACUCUGCUGGUAAGAAGCCAUGUAACAGAUCAUAUUUUUGUUAUUUUUACAGUAUAUAAGUUAAAUUAUAAGAGUUUAUGUGCUGAUACAUAGAGUGACUUUGUUUUCUUAAAAAAUAAAACCCCUCAAUUAUUUGAAAGUUAUAGGUCACCUAACAAACGGACAGUCUGGUAGGAGACAGUAAUUACCAGUUAUUUGUGACAGGGGACAUGCAUUUAAGAUUUCAAUCCCUGAAAUUAAAUCAUAAUAUUUUUUUAUUCAUGUGGCAUGGAUAUAUAUUACUCAAGGCAGUAUAGAAUUGCCAGGCUGCAUGGCUACUAUGCAUCUUUAGACAAUGAAAAUCUACUUGCCCAAUAAGCUUGGAGAUAACUACCAAAGAGCUGGUGAUGGUUACACUGUAGAGG